AUGAAGAAUGAUUUAAGUUACGCUAAAUCUCGAAAUGUCGAUGAUAAAAAUGUGUUAAAUAGCUCAGAUGAUAAUUUAGAAGAAAACGUUAUUUUAAAUACUGAAAUAAUAAUAUUUAACGAUAAUUCUGAUGAGAAAAAUGAAAAUAUGGAUAAUACAAAUAUCAACGUAGGAAGUAAAAUAAUUGAUAAGGAUAAUAGUUUUAACAAUAAAAAUAUAUCAACAAUAAGAUUGGAAAAUCAGCAAAGUGAUGAAUGUAGCUAUGAAUGUUAUAAUGAUAUUAUGGAGGAUAAUGCAUUACAAAGUAUUUCAGAGGAAGCUAAAAAUACAAAUAUGAAUUGUACAAAGAACUCACUCAUAGUUAAUUAUAUGGGGGAUGAUAGUCUUCUUAGUAUAAAAGGAGAGGAAUCUUUAAGUAAUAACACUAACAGUAAUAGUGUUAGUAAUAAUAACAACAAUAAUAAUAUCAGUAGUAAUUACAAUAGUAAAAGCAACAGUAAUAUCGAUAGUAAUAGCAAUAAUAAUAGUUAUUGCAACAUCCGCUGCGUUGGUAAUAAUUACGAUGGUGAUAAUUCAAAUAAUUAUACAGAUGCUUAUAGCAAGGGGACUUAUAAUUACGGAGACAUUAAUGAACAUAGUUAUAAGGGCAUUAAUAAGACGGAAAGAGAUAAUAACAAAAAAAAUUAUAACAACUGCUCUGACUUAUCAAAUAUACAAGUCGAGAGUAACUACAUAAACAAUUCCACGAAUGUUGAGAAGGAAAAUAUCAAUGAUAAUUCAAAUAAUAAUGGAAUGUAUUAUAAGGAAAUAAUAGAAGAAAAUGAAAAUGACAAUUCCUUUUUUGAUAAACGAGAAAAGAUUGAUGAAGAUAUUUUGAAUCGAGAAGACAUUAAAUUAAUAUUAAAUCAAAAAAGUUUAUACAACAGUAAGCAUAGGGAUGAAAAGUAUAGUAAUAAUCAUAAACCAUUUGGAGUAGGGGAGAGAGUAAUAGAGAAAGAAGACGAUCGAAUUGGCAAUGAAAACGAUGAUGUAAAUGCAGACGUUAUUUCAUUUUCGUCAAAUAACUCCAUGGAAGAAAAGGUAUCAAGUCCUAGUGACUGUAAAAAUGAUGAAAGUAACGAAAAUGACGCAAAUGAUGCAAAUGAACCAAAUGAUGAAAAUAACGAAAAUGGUGAAGAUGUUACAGCGAACAUACUUCCACAAUCGCAUGAAAGUGGAAAAACAAAUUUUUCGAAUUUAAAAAAUAAUGAGAUUAACUCAUUUUCCGCUGCUACAAAUUAUGAUAAUACUAACAUCACGAAUGUACAUAGUUAUGAAGACUAUCAUAUUGAUAUUGAGUCAAAUUCAAAUAUCAACCAUUUUGAAGAAUCUGAGAAUAUAUUGUGGAAAUGUAAUAACUUAAAUAGUAAUAAUAUUAUUUUAAAUAAAAAUUAUAAUGUAAGUGGAAUUAAAAAUGUAAAUAGAAAGACAAGCAUAGAUGAAAAAAACGAAUUUCAUGGUUGUAGUAACGUAAAUAAAGAAGAUGAUGUAUAUGAAGAAAAAGCAGAAUUAAAUGAAGUGGCCCAUUUAUAUGAAGAAAAUACUUUUAUGGAGACAGAAAAAUCAAACGGAGACAAUACGAUUGAAGGGGGAAUGAAUAACAAAAGUAGCAGUAACAGCAACAGGGUUGGUAUGAAGUUCAAAUUAGGUAAUAUGUUUAGGAGCUUUUUUGAUGAAUCGAAGAACGGAAAUUUAGGCGACGAUAACGAUGGUACAAGCAAUAUUCAUAAGGAGGUUGAGAAGUAUGACGUCAGUGCCAAUGACAAUGAUAAUGAUAAUGAAAAUUGCAACGAGAAUGACAAUGUCAAUUAUAGUGACGACUAUCAGAAUAUGCACAAUCACACGUACGAUGACGUAAAUUUUAGUAGUACAAAAACUUCUUUUUCUGAUUCUUAUAAGCUAAAUAAGACCCACAUAGGAAAUUCCAGUUUAUCAACUGAGCUUGUAGAAAAGAUAAAGGAAGAUUUUAAUAAUGAAUGUAAAAUUGAUGAAGAUAAAAAUAUAAAUAAUUAUAUGCAAAGCAAUUCAUUCCAUGAUGAUAAUAAUGGUAACCAAAAUAGUAAAGAAAAAGCAAUGACAGCGAUGGAUAAGGAUAUAAAUAAUGAAUUUGAAAAAUUAGCAUUAUACAAUGAUAUAAAUAAGUCAGUUCUUCUAAAUUUAGAUGACAGUUCAUGUAUUAAUAAUAUUGAAUUAUCAUAUAAUGAUAUGCCAUGGUUAAAUGAAAAAGGGGCGAAUAUUAAUAAUGUAGGUCAUAAUAACAAAAGUAGUGACCAUUGUUUCCCUAGUGAAGAAAACAAAAGUAAUCUUAAAAAUAAUGAAUAUGUUACGAAUGAUGAUGUAAAUAAUGUUAGUUUACCUAAUUUAAUUUCCCCAGAUGGAAUAGAUGACAAUAAUGAGACUUAUCUAUGUACCGAGGGGGAUGAUGCUAUAGAGGAGAUGAUAAAUAAUGAGGGAAGUGAUAAAAUAGGAAGUACUGAUAACUUUGCUAGCAGUGAGAAUGAUGCAAAUGUAAGUAAUGUAAUGGAGAAAGAGAAUCUACUAAAGAAGAAAACAGAUGAAUGCAAAAGAGAAAAAUCAUACGUCGAAAUGAGUAAUUGUAAUGAUUAUAACAAAAGGAGAAGAAGUAGUAUUAUUAGCAAUGAAACAAGAAAGGAGAGAAAAUUAAAUAUGGAAGACAUAACGGUGGAUGAAUGUGGUGAUGACAAUAUAAAAAUGAAUUAUAAUAAGUAUAACAAUGAUAGUUAUAAUAUGACAACAAAAGUAAAUAAAAUAAAAUAUGAAAGUUAUACAAAAAUUAUGGAAAAUAUUAAUUUAAAGAGUAGUACUAAUGAUUUAAGUAAAAAUGAAAUAAACACAUCAAAUGAUCCCAAUGAUAAUUUUACUUUAAUGAAUGGAAAUAGUGAAUCGAUAAAUAACUUGUUGCAAAAUGGAAGUAAUGCACCUUUUUUGAAUUGUGGUAUAAAUGGUAAUACUCAUAUAUUAGAUAAUGAUGGAAAUAUAAAUAAAAACAAUAACAAUGAUUAUAGAAAUGCUUACAGAAUCGGAAUGCGAGAUAACGUAGAUGUAAAUGAGGAUAUUAAUAAUGCAAUGUACAGUGGCAUGAAUGGUAACGACAACGACAUUUGUGGUAAUAAUGGAAGCUACAACAUUAAUGGGAGCAAUGAUAGAAGCUACAACAUUGAUGGUAGUAAUGAUAGAAGCUACAACAUUGAUGGUAGUAAUGAUAGAAGCUACUUCGAUGAUGGAGGAAAUAAUCAUGCUUAUAACAACAACCAUAUGAGUGUAAUUAGGGAUAAUAUAAACGACAAUUCAGUUUACAUAGAAUUGUCAACGAAAAACUCAAAUGCAAAUUAUGAUGAAUACAUAGAUAUAGACAACGAGAAUAACAAUGCCUCAGAUGAUUGUAAGAAUUCAAGCGAUGAUAAUUCAGAAAAGAAAAAUCUAAACAAUUCUGACUUAAAUGACAAAAAAAAAAACAAAUUAGACAAUGAGACACUAUUACCAAUAGCAAAUAUUAGCAGAAUCAUGAAAAGAAUAUUGCCUGCAUCAGCAAAAGUGGCUAAAGAGAGUAAAGAUAUAAUACGGGAAUGUGUUACUGAGUUCAUACAAUUUCUAACUAGCGAAGCAAGUGAUAGAUGUUUAAGAGAACGGAGGAAAACUAUCAGCGGAGAAGAUAUCUUAUUUUCCAUGGAAAAACUAGGAUUCAGCGAUUAUAUCGAGCCCCUAUCUAAAUACCUAAACAAAUGGAAACAACUUAAGGGACUGAACAAUCUUAGUAGUAAUCAUGAAAAAAAAUUUCAGAAUUUGAGGAAUUCGCAAGACCAGAAUUGUAUAUUUAAUAACAGCAUAAACGAAGGUAAUGCAAAAAACAAUGGAAUUAACAACAACGGGGAGCACAUGUACUCUAAGGAAAACCAUGAUUUGAUGAACACGGUUUACAGUAAUCCAAAUGAGAUCUUUAGCAGUAAUUUGAAUCAGCUCUAUUCUAAUUCUACAGAUAAUGAUUUCAUUAACAGGGCUUGA